GACUUUGUAGUGCAAAUGUGUAGUGCUGUUCUAGCAGCCUACAGAGUAUCACUGCAAGCAGUAAACAAACACCAACUAGAAGAAGCACAUGAUGGCUUUAUUUUGGUUUUCAAUGCAGCACUUUUAAGGAUUUCAUUGAUGCUACAAGCAGAAAAGUGCCAUGGGUUCAAGUAUGAUGGAAAUUUUAUAAAACUUUCUAUAAUUUAAAAUCAUGUGAAGAAAACAAGAAAUGCUGAAAUGCAAGUAAGGAUCACUGUCGUGAAGAUUAAAGGAGUGCAUCACAGAUUUCACCACUAUGGAAUAUCAAAGUAAAAUGGCUAGCAACUCCUUUUUCUAGUUUUGAUGGAAUUCAUGAAUGAAAUGGGAGACCAGCAAAUCAGAGAUGAGUAAAAAUCAUUUGCUGGUAUUCCUUUUAUUCAUUCAGUCUGUUGCCAUGGUGACUGAGGCGAGCAGUCAUUGAAUGGAGUAACGAAGCUUCACUUUUAUAAACUGCUGCUGGAUGAGUGAGCAUCAUUUCAGCUAACAGCUGCAUCAUCAGCCAGAGAGGAAAUCUUGGUAAACAUAGAGGCACAUGCUGAGAGGUUGGAGCGACUCAUAUAGACAAGGGGACGUCUGAAAAUUUUUCUGUCAUAUUUGAGCAAGUAAUGUAGCAUUAUUAAGAUGAAGGAAGACUUCAGCAACAUAACCAAGAUGGAUGAUAUGCUAUUUUGACAGCAAGUUUGGAAAAUUGCCAGAAAUGUAUGCUUUCUUUUAAAUGGUAUCCCCAUUACUGUAGGAGCAAUGACUGGUCAGUCAUCAGAUGAAAAUGGGGAGUCCCCAUGCCUUACCUCUGAUGAGUUGGAAUGCAAGAUAUGCUAUAAUCGUUAUAACCUAAGGCAGAGGACGCCAAAGGUGCUGGAAUGUUGUCAUCGUGUCUGUGCCAAGUGCCUCUAUAAGAUCAUAGAUUAUGGGGACUCACCACAGAGUGUCAUCAUUUGCCCUUUCUGCAGAUUUGAAACCUGCUUGCCAGACAAUGAGGUCAGCAGUCUUCCAGAUGACAACAAUAUUAUUGCAGCCCUUGCCUCAAUUGGUAAGGGCAGGAAAAACUUUCUAGAAAACCCCACAGAACUACUGUUAACUCCUAAAAGGCUAGCAACUUUGGAGACGCCUUCCCACAAUUCUUCAAACUGCUUGGUCAUAACGAUUAUGGAGGUACAAAGAGAGAGAGUACAAUCGCCUAGCUUAGCUGCACCCAUUGUGGAAUUUUACAGACCAUCCAGCUUUGACUCAAUUACUCCAGUGUCACAACAAUGGACUGUCUGGAACUGUACUGCCCUGCUCUGCCAGACAUGGGCCAGAGCAGUGGUUUGGUUUCUUGGUCUUCUGUAUUUCAGUUCUUUACCAUUAGGGAUCUACCUGCUUGUAUCAAAGAAGAUCACCUUAGGAGUUAUAUUUAUCAGCUUGGUCCCAUCCAGUCUUCUCAUCCUUAUGGUGUAUGGUUUUUGUCAGUGUAUAUGUCAUGAAUUCAUGGAAUGCAUGUCGCCCUGACAGAAUGCAGUGCAAGACCCAACAGAUGCAAAGAAUAGCACAUAGUAUAGUAAGCUGCAGUCACAACUGCAUUUUCCAUUUCUGUCUGAUAUUUAGGUCUUAGUAAGUUACACUUUUCUCAAUUUGGUCUUAAAUUUUCUCUGGGUGUUCCUGUUUGUUUCUGUUUCACAUCUUCAGACAUUACUUUUAUCUAUUUAGAAAGCAAAAUACUGUUUUAACUAUAUCCAGGCAUGCAACAAGAAAUGCUGGCAUAAUUUGUUAAAGCUUUCAACAAAGACAGUUAAUAAAAUAAAAGUCUCUUUCUAAUGUUAUAGAAUGCUUUGAGAUAAUUUACCUCAUUUGCUAUGUAUUUUUUUAGGUUUUCAAAUAUUUAUCUUAUUCAUUUAUAUUCAUUUUAUUUGUAUAGUGCUCAGCUAAGUCCUCGUUUAUUAUGUAUUCUUCAGCUUUUUCAUAUUUAUUAAUAUCUAUUUCUAUUUAUUUAUUUAUCGGUACAGUACUCAUUUGAUAUGCAGUUUAAUAACAAUGAAGUUGAUUAUCCAAAUCAGCAUCACAUCUUUCUUUCACUAUGAGAAAGGACAACAUAGAAAAUGAAGAAUGAGGCAUGGCAGACCACCCUGUGAUGCAUGUAUUUCUCAGUUCUGAAUUUUUAUGACAUAAAUAUAUCAAUUUGUUGUGGGUGUAGUCUCAAAUUUAAACCCAAAUGCAGUGCUUCACAGUAAGAAUGAUUCUGCACAUAAAUGGGAUGUGUCUCUACAAUUCAUCUGGUCAGGCUUUUUUUUUUAUUUUAUGGAUCAAUAGAGAAACAACAACUUCCAUCCAUCUGAUGCAAGAAGGCAUAUGGCUUAAAAGCAUCAUCAGAGUUUUCACAAGUCAAAACAGACAUGUUAUUCAUGUAACACCUAUUGAAAUGUUUUUUCUUUUUUGUAUGGGGGGAGUUAAGAAACUCUUUAUAUGCAAGGUUCUGUUUACAUACUUGUACUCGUUUGCUAAAAUGAUAACACAGCCUUUCAGUGAGCUGCUGACAAACAUUUGCAGUUAGUAUCAAUAUGCAAGAAAGUAUAUAAAUAAUAUUCAAAUUUCACAAAAAAGCUUGUUGAAUAAAGUAUAAAUCAUACCAGUGAAUGUUACAUCAGCAGUUAUAUUUUUAAUGAGAGGAUUUCAUGUAUUACUUUUUAACAAGUCUUUAUACAGAACUUAGCAUUUGGAGGAACACAGUUAUAGAGUCCUGGGGAAGAAGCAGGCGAUAUAUUGUUAGAGUGUUCCACAAUGACAUUUUAUCAUCUCAGUAAUGUAGGUUCAGACAAGUUAUGGAAGUCUAAAUUUUGUAAAGCACAACAAUGCUUUAGCUGUUUAUCUAAAUGUAGUCUCAUUUUGUAAUGAUAGCAUUUGUCUGGAAAUCUAGAAUGGUAUAAGGUCUUUGAAGCUGAAAUACAGAAUGCAUAGUGGUUCAUUUAACAGCACAUGAAAAAUAAAAGCAGUA